AAAAUAUAAUCAUUACAUGCACAUUUAAUCAGUAAAUCAUCUACAUAUAAUGUCGGAAGGAAAUGAUAAUCCGCAAGAUCCACGGCCAGAAUUUUUCGGAAAUUAUAUUAUAAAAGCGUUGAAAGUGAAGUCAGAAAAAUGGUUUAGAUUAAUGGUAACAGAGGAACAAGGUUCAAAAGUUUACAAUUUUUUGGACAAUCAUGAAUGUAUUGUUCUAAUCAUAUUUCAGAACAUGGCAGCACAAUUAUUUGCAAUGGAUGGUUUUCCAGUUCCUUUAAAAACUAAAGCUAUAUAUUUUGUGAAAACUGCCAAGGUUGUUGUACCCAAAGAUAAUCCGAGUUCAGUACUCAUAAUUGGAGAUAUGGCUAGCAAACCAAUUGAACAAUUGGCGACUAUUGUUGAUGAUAUAUUUGUUCCCUUGCUUGCAAAUCCAGAAAACCACAAAAACUGGGCCACUGUUGUUUCGUUAGAUGUUAAAGAACAUGUACACAGUCUAAAAAGUACUGUUUAUCAAGUUAAAGGCCAAAUAAAUGGACAAACUAUUUUGCCAAUGCCUGUUGGUGUAGAACGUUUAGAAAAUAUUGAAAAGACAGUUAAGGAAAGCGAUGGAAAAAUAGUUGAUUUACAUUUUAAAUCGGCUGUUGAGGGAGUUAUAAUAAAAUGGGCAACGCAAAUAAUGGAAGUAUUAAGUACAGACUCUGUGUCAGCGUUUAAGAAUAAUCAACACUUAACUCCGUGGGCUGAAGUGGCAUUCUGGAAUAACCGGGUACAAAAUCUUGAAUAUAUUUUUGAACAAUUAAGAGAUCAGCGGAUAGUGAAGAUGACUACAAUCGUUAAAAUGACUAAUAGCGCUUAUUAUCCAUGUUUAAAGAAUAUUUAUGCAAAUGUAGUUUCUGCUCUGGAAGAAGCGAAAGAUAUUGUUCAUUAUUUAAAGCCAUUGCAAAAACAUUUUAAAUUAUUGGAAGAAACUGAUUUCGGUGAAAUAGCUUUAUGCUUAAAACCGUUGAUGCAUGUCGUAUGCUUAGUCUGGUCCAACUCUAAAUUUUAUUGCAGUUCUGGCAAGAUAAUUAUUCUUUUAAAACAGAUAUGUAAUUUAUUAAUAACACAGGCCGUUCGAUAUUUGGAUCCAUCAUCAAUAUUUCAAAGUGACAUUCAUGAAACUAAAUUUAGAGUUCGGCAUUGCAUAACAAUUUUUGAAAAUUUUAGAAAUAUAUUCAAUGAUUAUCGUCAAAAUUUACAUACGUAUUUCGAAAAUAAAUCAACUCCACUUUUGUGGACUUUUCAUCCGAAUAUUAUUUUUACUCGUACUGACUUGUUCAUUAGAAGAUUACAGAUCAUUGAAUGGUUUUUUGAUACGGUUGUUGAAUUUACGAAGCUCGAAAGGAUUGAAUUUAGUGGCCUAAAAGGUCGAAUACUCAGUUCUCGUAUAACUGAAAUAUAUUCAGAUUUCAACGAACAGUUUUCGUUAUUUUCAAGUAAAGCUUACGACGUUCUCGAACCAGAAGAUGAGCGCUUUGAAGUAGAUUACGAACAAUUUAAGGAAAGCAUAAAGGAUCUGGACCAUCGGUUAGCAUUUACGUUGAGUCAGGCAUUCGAUGAUUGUUCAAAUUUAGAUGGUGUUUUCAAGUUUAUCGAGAUUGUUGGGUUUGUAAUGGAUCGCUCUGGUAUAAAAGACAUGUUUGCAAAUAGCUAUGGUAGAAUUUUAAAUAUGUUGUCAAACGAAGUUGCAAUUUGUAAAAAUUUGUUUGAAAGUCAACAGAUAGCUAUUAAAAUGCAUGGUGUAGCGGAUAUAGAUGAUCUUAUGCCUCCAAUAGCAGGUUUUUUAAAAUGGUCAAAAUCUCUUAAAGCUAGAGUUGAACAUCCAAUACAAUGUUUUAAAAGUUUAGAUCACCCAAUUAUCAAGUCUAAAAAGGCCCAGUUUGUUAUAAAAGAGGUGGAUGAUAUGAUUAUUUCAUUAAAUAAACUUGAAAUUGAUUUAAUUGAAAACUGGAAAGUCAAUGUAGCAAAAAAAUGCGAAGAACUAUUAGAGUUGUCGUUAUUUACUCGUAAAUCUAAGUGUAAUGAAUUACAGCUUAAUUUCCAUCCAGAGUUAGUUGCUAUACUAAGAGAAGUCCAUUAUUUUCGUUCAUAUGAGCUAAAUGAUAUACCUAUUGAAGCAUUACAUUUUCACGAAAGAGAAGAUACAUUUCGAAUAUAUUGUAUUAAUCUUAAUAACACAAAAGAAUAUUACAACAAAUUAAGAAAUAAUAGCCGAGAAAUCGAGUUUCAGUUGGUCCAAGAAGAGAUUGAACAAAUCGACGAAUUGAUUAAAAAAGGCGAAUAUUCUUUAAAUUGGAAUUCCGAAGGUCUGAAUGAAUAUAUUGGAAGUGUUCAAGACCUUGUAUAUAAGUUAUACCGUAGAGUGCAAAAAACCCAAGAAAAUAUAAAACGAAUGCGAUCAUCAAUAUCCUCGUGGGCUAGACUACCCGUAUUAUGUCGAAAAGACAAUAAAAAGGAUACACUUUUGGCAAUGGACGAUCGUACAGAACGAUUUACUAAAAGGCGAAAAGAAAUCGAAAAAGCUGCUGCGGAUAUUCAUAAACUUCUUCAAGAGAAUUGUGUUUUAUUUGGUAUGCAGGAUCAAACAAAUGUUGAGCAGUGGCAAAAUUAUGUGACUUUUAUCGAUUCUAUUGUCGCAGAUGCAUUACUUAAUGCUAUAGGAUGCAGCUUAUGUUACAUAUCAGAGAACAUGAUUCCUAGUGUAUCGACUGCUCCACUACUCGAAGCUUGUCUUGAAUUACAUGAACCUGAUUUAGUUUUUACGCCUUCAUUAGAUUCAAACGUCGAAGGGAAUUUUUGUUCAAUUAUUCAAGGGGUAAUCGAAGAAAUAAUUGAACUUUCUAAGCUAAUGCCACGGAUAAGUGAUAAAAAUGGGGCUAACGAUUACUAUGACGAAAUGAAUUCCAAUCCAGAUAUUUGUGAUAUGAAAGAAGAUAUUAUGAAUACGGUAACUCGGGUGAUAGCAGAGGCAAACAAUUAUUGUAUACAUUUUGAGAACUAUUCUUAUUUGUGGUUGGAUGAUCGAGAACUAUAUAUGCAACAUUUCUUACGAUACGGACAUCCACUCUCAAUAGAAGAAUAUGAAAAUAUGUCAUUAGAUGACACGUAUGCACCUCCUAUUAUGAGCCCUACCAUGGAUCAGUUUAAAGAGCAGAUUGACAAUUUUGAAAGUCUUUAUUGUGAAAUUGAACAAUUAAAAUCAGUCCAAGUAUUCGAUUCGUGGUUUCAAGUAGACAUGAGACCUUUUAAACAAGCAUUAUUGAAUACUGUUUGCAAAUGGAGUCAUAUGUUUAAACAGCAUUUAAUGGACAACGUAACUAAUAGUCUUUUUGAUUUGGCUAAGUUCAUACAAGAUGCAGAUGGAGGUUUAAUGCAACCAGUAGUAGAGGGUGAUUAUGAAGUUCUUGUCAGUGUUAUGGGCUAUUUAUAUAAUGUAAAAGAGAGACAAGCUACUACAGAUGAAAUGUUUCAACCAUUAACAGAUACAAUACAAUUAUUGAAAUAUUAUGACAUGGAACUUUCAGAAGAAGUCAACGUUUUGUUACAGGAACUUCCUGAACUUUGGAACAACACUUGUAAAUUGGCAAUUAAUAUCAAACAACAAGUAGCUCCUUUACAAGCAAUUGAAGUAAAUAAUAUACGAAACAGAAUUUUACAUUUUGACAGUAGAAUUAAUUAUUUUAGAGAAAUUUUCAAAAAAGAUAAAAUAUUUAGAUAUGAUUGUCCAUGUCCAUAUUUUGUAUUAAAUGAUGCCAACUCUAAGAUAAUGUAUUUUGAGAUGAGUAUGGCUCAAAUACAAGAGUCAGCCUCAUUAUUUGAAGUAAAUGUCCCGGAAUUUAAACUUCUUAAACAGUGCAGAAAAGAGUUAAAGUUGUUGAAACAACUAUGGGACUAUAUUCAUUUAGUUCAUUCAUGUAUAAAUGAUUGGAAAACCACACCUUGGCGUAAGGUGGAUGUUGAAAAUAUGGAUAUUGAAUGUAAAAAGUUUGCAAAAGAAAUCAGAGCGCUAGACAAAGAAAUGAGGUCAUGGGAUACUUAUACGUGUUUAGAAGCUACUGUUAAGAAUAUGGUAACUUCUCUAAGAGCUGUUGGUGAAUUACAAAAUCCAGCAAUCCGUGAGCGUCACUGGAAACAGCUUAUGAGUUCAACAAAAACUUUAGCUGAUUUACCUGAAGAGUAUGAUGUGAAGUUUGUUAUGGAUCAAGGAACAACUUUAGCCGAAUUGUUAGCGUUAAACUUGCAUGAAUGCGAAGAUGAUGUUAAAACUAUUGUGGAUAAAGCAGUAAAAGAAAUGUCUAUGGAAAAAAUGCUACGUGAACUCCAAACUACUUGGGCUGCAAUGGAAUUUUAUCAAGAAACGCAUAACCGUACAGGAUGCAGUCUUUUAAGAGCAAGUGAAAAAUUAAUUGAAACUCUUGAAGAAAACCAAGUACAACUCCAGAACUUAAUGACUUCAAAGUUUGUCGCAUUUUUUUUGGAAGAAGUUUCUAGUUGGCAACAAAAAUUGAGUAUAGCUGAUCAAGUUAUUAACUCAUGGUUUGAGGUCCAGCGCACAUGGAUGCAUUUAGAAUCUAUAUUUAUGAGUUCAGAUGAUAUUCGUAAACAAUUACCAGAAGAUUCUGAAAGAUUUUUUCGAAUCGAUUCAGAAUUUAAAGAGUUAAUGGCAAAUAUGUCGAAAACACCGAAAGUGAUCGAAGCUACAAAUAAACCAGGUUUAAUCAAACAUUUAGAUGAUCUUCACGACCAUUUGACGUUAUGCGAAAAGGCCCUAGCAGAAUAUUUAGAAACAAAACGCUUAGCAUUUCCAAGAUUUUAUUUUGUUUCUGCAGCUGAUCUUUUAGAUAUUCUUUCCAAUGGAAAUAAUCCAGAUCUUGUAGUCAGACAUAUGAUUAAAUUAUUCGACUCAAUAGCAUCACUUGAAUUUAUUGAUUCGAAAACAACUGAAAAAAAAGUAGCUGCGGGAAUGCACGCCAAGGAUGGCGAAUACGUAAAAUUCAAUGAAAACUGUGACUGUACUGGACCAGUCGAAAAAUGGCUCAACAAAAUUCAAUCGAUGAUGCGUAAAACAAUUAGGCACAACUUUUUAGAAAGCACCUUGUCCUAUGAAGAAAAACCUAGAGAGCAAUGGUUGUUUGAUUUUCCUGCUCAAGUGUCAUUAUGUGGUACUCAAAUUUGGUGGACUACAGAAGUAAACAUUGCAUUUGCUAGGCUUGAAGAAGGCUAUGAAAAUGCUUUGAAAGAUUAUCAAAGAAAACAAAUUCUUCAACUUAAUACACUGAUAACAUUAUUAUUGGGAGAGUUAACCAGACAAGACCGACAGAAAAUCAUGACGAUUUGUACAAUUGAUGUUCAUUCUAGAGAUGUUGUUGGUAGAUUAAUACAAUCUAAAAUUGAAAAUGUAUUAGCUUUUCAGUGGCAAUCACAACUAAGACAUAGAUGGGAUGAAAAGGAAAAAGACUGUUUUGCUAAUAUUUGUGAUGCUCAAUUUCGCUAUAGUCAUGAAUAUUUAGGUAAUACACCGCGUUUGGUAAUCACACCUUUAACUGACAGAUGUUAUAUAACCUUAACACAAUCAUUGCACUUGGUAAUGGGUGGAGGUCCAGCCGGGCCUGCGGGAACUGGUAAAACAGAAACAACUAAAGAUCUUGGACGUGCUCUCGGUGUUAUGGUUUAUGUUUUCAAUUGUUCUGAACAAAUGGACUAUAAGUCUUGCGGUAAUAUUUAUAAAGGAUUGGCUCAAACUGGAGCCUGGGGUUGUUUUGAUGAGUUUAACAGGAUAUCUGUCGAAGUAUUAUCAGUAGUUGCUGUCCAAGUGAAAUCAAUUCAGGAUGCGAUUCGAGAAAAAGCAAUUACAUUUAAUUUCAUGGGUGAACAAAUAAGUUUAAUCUCCUCUGUUGGAAUUUUCAUCACAAUGAAUCCCGGUUACGCUGGUAGAACAGAAUUGCCGGAAAAUUUAAAAGCUUUAUUUAGACCAUGUGCUAUGGUGGUACCAGAUUUCGAGUUGAUCUGUGAAAUAAUGUUGGUGGCUGAAGGGUUCCAAGAAGCAAAAAUUCUGGCAAGGAAAUUUAUAACAUUGUAUACAUUAUGCAAAGAACUUCUCUCCAAGCAAGACCAUUACGAUUGGGGUUUAAGAGCCAUAAAGUCUGUGCUAGUUGUUGCUGGUUCUUUGAAAAGAGGUGAUCCUGGACGGGUUGAAGAGGAAGUGUUAAUGAGAGCUUUAAGAGAUUUUAAUAUACCGAAAAUUAUAAGUGACGACGUCCCAGUUUUUAUGGGUCUCAUUGGGGAUUUAUUUCCUUCGUUGGAUGUACCUCGUAAAAGAGAUCAAGAUUUUGAAAAAACUGUAAAACAAGCAGCUGUCGAUUUGUUGUUGCAACCCGAAGAAAAUUUUAUACUUAAAGUUGUACAGUUGGAAGAACUUUUGGAAGUCCGACAUUCCGUGUUUGUAGUAGGAAACGCGGGUACUGGAAAAACUGAGGUUUGGAAAACGUUAUUUAGAACUUAUCAAAAUAUGAAACGAAAGCCAAUUUACAAUGAUUUAAAUCCGAAAGCAGUCACUAAUGAUGAAUUAUUUGGUGUCAUUAAUCCAGCAACUCGUGAAUGGAAAGAUGGUCUGUUUUCUGUUAUAAUGAGAGAGCAAGCGAACAUUCCGAAUAGUUUCCCAAAAUGGAUACUGUUGGAUGGAGAUAUUGAUCCGAUGUGGAUCGAAUCACUAAAUACCGUGAUGGACGACAAUAAGGUCUUAACGUUAGCCAGUAAUGAACGUAUUGCCCUAACGCCUUCGAUGAGACUUAUUUUUGAGAUUUCUAACUUACGCACCGCAACGCCAGCUACUGUAUCACGAGCAGGCAUUUUAUAUUUGAAUCCACAGGACUUGGGAUGGAAUCCAUAUGUAACGAGUUGGAUUGAGACCAGAGAAUGCGGAGGGGAAAAAGGUAACCUCGUGAUUUUAUUCGAUAAAUACAUACCAUCGUGUUUGGAAAAUAUCCGCAACAGAUUUAAGAAAAUCAUACCAAUUACGGAGAUGUCACAUAUACAAAUGUUAUGUCAUCUGCUUGAAUGUAUUUUAGUACCAGUCAAUACACCGGCAGAUUGUCCAAAAGAAUGGUACGAACUGUACUUUACUUUUGCGUGCAUAUGGUCAUUCGGAGCGGCAAUAUAUCAAGAACAGGUUGUUGAUUAUAAAGUAGAAUUUUCUAAAUGGUGGGUUGCUGAAUUCAAAACUAUAAAAUAUCCAACUCAAGGUACUGUGUUUGAUUAUUUCAUCGAUAACGAAACCAAGGAAUUUCUACCGUGGUCGCAUAUUAUUCCAAAAUUUGAAUUGGACUCGGAUAUGCCUUUGCAAAACGCAUUGGUCCAUACGCCAGAAUCAAUAAGAACAAGAUACUUUGUUGACUUACUUAUGGAUAAUAAACAUCCUGUUAUGUUAGUUGGAAGUGCAGGUUGUGGUAAAACAGUGUUGAUGAAUGAAAAGUUAACUAGUCUUUCGGAUAGUUACGCCGUUGCUAAUAUACCGUUUAACUUUUAUACAACCUCAGAGAUGCUACAAAAAAUAUUGGAAAAACCACUGGAAAAAAAAGCUGGAAGAAAUUAUGGACCACCGGGAAAUAAAACUCUUGUUUACUUUUUGGAUGAUAUGAAUAUGCCAGAAGUAGAUUGUUAUGGCACUGUACAACCACACACUUUAAUUCGGCAGCAUUUGGAUUAUGGACAUUGGUAUGAUAGAACCAAAUUGUCAUUAAAAGAUAUCCAUAAUUGUCAGUACGUCUCUUGUAUGAAUCCGACCGCAGGGAGUUUCACAAUUAAUCCUCGACUACAACGACAUUUUUGUGUUAUUGCUGUGAGUUUUCCAGGAUCAGAGUCAUUAACGUUGAUUUAUUCUUCAAUUUUAAAUCAACAUUUUGGGAAUUUUGAGUUUCGAAUUCCACAGGCAGCUUCAAAAUUAGCUGAUAAUGUAAUCGAAGCUACAUUGUGGUUACACAAUAAAGUUAAUUCGGUUUUUCUACCUACUGCUACGAAAUUCCAUUAUAUAUUCAAUUUGAGAGAUUUAUCAAAUGUUUUUCAAGGUCUGCUUUUUAGUACUGGAGAAUGUCUAAACUGCGGAUCAGAUCUUAUGCGUUUGUGGAUGCACGAAUGUCAAAGAGUAUACUCAGAUAAACUAGUUGAUGAUAAAGAUUCAGAUGCAUUCACUAAAAUACAAACUGAUGCAUUGAAAAAGUUCUUUGAUGAAAUCGAUGAAUGUGCAGUUUUUGAAAAACCAAAUAUAUAUUGUCAUUUCGCCCAAGGUAUUGGCGAACCUAAAUACUCAUCUGUAAGGAAUUGGACUAAUCUUACGAAAUUACUGGAAGAAGCUUUAAAUUUAUAUAAUGAUUUAGUUGCUGCUAUGAACUUGGUUCUAUUCGAAGAUGCAAUGAUGCAUAUAUGCAGAAUAAAUCGAAUAUUGGAGUCACCACGAGGCAGCUGUUUGUUAGUUGGGGUUGGAGGCAGCGGGAAACAAUGUUUAGCUCGUUUAGCAGCAUUUAUUUCAAGUUUAGAAGUAGCACAAAUACAAUUGCGUAAAGGUUAUGGGCUUUUGGAUCUUAAGAUGGAACUGUCUAGUCUGUAUUUGAAGUCAGGAUUAAAAAAUGUUGGUAUCGUAUUUUUAAUGACCGACGCUCAAGUACCAUCGGAAUCAUUUUUAGUUUUGAUCAAUGAUAUGCUCUCAACGGGUGAAAUUCCAGAAUUGUUUCCUGAUGAUGAAGUUGAAAAUAUUAUAGCUGGCGUUCGAAAUGAAGUUAAAGGUGCCGGACAAAUAGAUACGCGUGAAAAUUGUUGGAAAUUUUUCAUUGAUCGAGUAAGACGACAGUUGAAAAUUGUUAUAUGCUUCUCUCCAGUUGGAUCGGUCUUACGAGUUCGUUCCAGAAAAUUCCCUGCAUUAGUCAAUUGUACUUCUAUUAAUUGGUUUCAUGAGUGGCCCCAACAAGCACUCAUGUCUGUAUCCAAUCAGUUUUUAUCAGAACUCGAAGUUCUUCCAGAAAAUUUUAGAGAAUCUGUCGCCAAGUUUAUGGGUUAUGCACACACGCAGGUGAACAUCAUAUCUCGAGUUUAUUUGCAAAGCGAUCGCCGAUAUAAUUACACAACACCGAAGUCAUUUUUAGAACAAAUAUCCCUAUAUUCAAAAUUGCUUAGACGAAAGUCUGCAGAAUUAGCUGGUAAAAUAGAACGCCUAGAAAAUGGAUUAGAAAAACUAAAAAGUACUGCUAAUCAAGUGGACAAUUUAAAAGAAAAAUUGGCGAUUCAAGAAAUUGAAUUGAAAAUUAAAAAUGACGCAGCAGACAAACUUAUUCAAAUUGUUGGAAUUGAAACAGAUAAAGUAUCAAAAGAAAAAUCAUUCGCUGACGACGAGGAAAAAAAAGUAGGUUCAAUAGCAGAAGAAGUAAAAAAAAAGCAACGCGAUUGUGAAGAAGACCUUGUAAAGGCCGAACCAGCUUUGCUCGCUGCACAAGAAGCUUUAAAUACAUUAAAUAAAUCAAACUUAACAGAGUUGAAAUCAUUUGGAUCACCCCCUGGCGUUGUUACAAACGUAACAGCUGCUGUUAUGGUGUUAUUGGCACAAAAUGGUAAAAUACCCAAAGACCGUAGUUGGAAAGCUGCCAAAAUUAUGAUGGCUAAAGUCGAUAGUUUUCUUGAUCAACUCAUAUCUUAUGACAAAGAAAAUAUUCACCCCGAAGUCACUAAGGCUAUUAAACCAUACCUUAAAGAUCCUGAGUUUGAACCAGAAUUUGUUAAGUCAAAAUCAGCUGCGGCUGCUGGUCUGUGUGCUUGGGUAAUCAAUAUUAUAAAAUUUUACGAGGUAUACUGUGAUGUGGAGCCUAAGCGAUUAGCUCUAGCUCAAGCCAACAUGGAACUAGCUCAAGCCCAAGAAAAGUUAGCUAUAAUAAAGAAAAAAGUCGCCUCUUUAGAAGAACAACUUUCUAAGUUAACGGCAGAUUUUGAACAGGCUACGUCUGAAAAACUUCACUGUCAACAAGAAGCGGAUGCUACUAAUAAGACUAUCGAAUUAGCAAACAGACUGAUUGGAGGAUUAGGUUCAGAAAAUGUUCGUUGGGCCGAAGCUGUAGCUUGUUUUAUGCAACAAAGUACCACUUUGCCAGGAGAUGUUCUACUAAUCACCGCAUUCAUAUCAUAUGUUGGAUGCUUCACAAAACAUUAUAGACAAGAACUGUUACAUAAAAUAUGGACUCCUUUCGUGAAAACUUUAGACCCUCCUGUGCCAAUCACAGAAGGUUUAGAUCCUUUGACCUUAUUAACUGAUGACACACAAGUAGCAAUUUGGAAUAACGAAGGAUUACCUAGUGAUCGUAUGUCAACAGAAAAUGCAACUAUUUUAUCUAACUCUGAUCGCUGGCCAUUAAUGAUCGAUCCACAAUUGCAAGGUGUUAAAUGGAUUAAACAGAAAUAUGGAGAAAAUUUAAUAGUACUGCGUUUAGGACAAAAAGGAUCGAUGGAUGAAUUAGAAAAGAGUAUCAUUACUGGAAAAAUAGUAUUACUUGAAAAUAUUGAAGAAAAUUUAGAUCCUGUUUUAGAUCCUUUACUAGGUCGUAAUCUUAUUAAAAAAAGGAAAGUAACUAUUAAAAUGGGAGACAAAGAGGUUGAAUAUAAUCAAGAGUUUCGUCUGUUGCUUCAUACCAAACUAGCUAACCCGCAUUAUAAACCUGAAAUGCAAGCUCAAACAACUCUGAUUAACUUUACUGUCACCAGGGAUGGUUUAGAAGAUCAGCUACUUGCUGAAGUCGUAAAAGCCGAACGACCUGAUUUAGAACAACUUAAAGCGGAAUUAACUAAACAACAAAAUGACUUUAAAAUUAUGUUAAAAAAAUUAGAAGAUGAUUUACUAUCACGAUUGUCUUCAGCUGGAGAUAAUAUACUGAGCGAUACAGCCUUGGUAGAAAACUUGGAAACUACAAAACGAACUGCCGCAGAGAUACAACAAAAAGUAGCUGAGGCAAAAAUUACAUCAGAAAAAAUUGACGAAGCCAGAGAACAUUAUAGGCCAGCAGCUGCAAGGGCUAGUUUGUUAUACUUUAUACUCAAUGAACUUAAUACAAUAAAUCUGGUUUACCAAUUUUCAUUAAAGGCAUUCAGUGUGGUGUUCAAUAACGCAAUCGAAAAAUCAAUCCCAGCCGAAAGUGUAUCAUUACGAGUGAACAAUUUGAUUGAUUGUAUUACUUAUUUCGUAUUUGUGUAUACUUCAAGAGGGCUUUUCGAGUGUGAUAAGCUUAUAUUUGCAUCACAAAUGACAUUCCAAAUAUUAUUAAUGAGCGAAGAGAUAGCUCCACAAGAGUUGGAUUUCUUUUUAAGAUUCCCAACAGCUCAACAUAUAAGUAGUCCGGUAGAAUUUUUGUCAAAUUCUAGUUGGUCUGGUGUUCGCAGUUUGUCAACUAAAGAUGAAUUCAGGAAUUUAGACCGUGAUAUUGAAACAUCAUCUAAAAGAUGGAAAAAAUUUAUUGAAUCAGACUGUCCAGAACGUGAGAAAUUCCCUCAGGAAUGGAAAAACAAAGUAUCAUUACAUAGACUUAUGAUGAUGCGAGCAUUAAGACCAGAUCGAAUGACUUAUGCCAUGUCGGUAUUCAUUGAAGAAAAACUCGGUUCAAAGUAUGUAGAAGGUAGAAGUGUUGAUUUUGCCAAGUCAUUUGAAGAAACUAGUCCAACAACACCAAUUUUCUUUAUUCUUUCUCCAGGAGUGAACCCAUUAAAAGAUGUCGAAGAUUUGGGGCACAAACUUGGAAUUUCAACAGCAUUAAACAAUUUUCACAAUGUCUCAUUAGGUCAAGGUCAAGAAGUUGUAGCUGAAAUUGCUAUGGAAAUUGCUGCUAAAAAUGGUCAUUGGGUUGUUCUUCAAAAUAUACAUUUGGUUAAGAAAUGGCUACCGACACUCGAAAAGAAAAUGGAAUUACUCGGAGAAACAGCUCAUCCGAAUUAUCGGCUGUUCUUAAGUGCUGAACCAGCAGCCACAGCAUCUGCACACAUUAUUCCACAAGGUAUUUUAGAAUCAUGUAUAAAAAUUACGAAUGAGCCUCCGACGGGCAUGCAAGCGAACUUGCAUAAAGCGCUGGAAAAUUUUAACCAAGAAACGUUGGAAAUGUCGUCAAAAGAAGCAGAGUUUAAAGCAAUUCUAUUUUCACUCUGUUACUUCCACGCCGUAGUUGCAGAGCGUAGGAAAUUCGGCGCGCAAGGGUGGAAUAAGAUUUAUCCAUUUAAUGUCGGUGAUUUGAAUAUCAGUGUAAGCGUCCUGUUCAACUACCUAGAGGCUAAUAAUAAAGUACCGUGGGAGGAUCUACGAUAUUUAUUCGGUGAAAUCAUGUACGGUGGUCACAUAACAGAUGAUUGGGAUAGAAGAUUGUGCAUAUCCUAUUUAGAGGAAUUGAUGCAGCCAGACUUGGUCGACGGAGAUCUUCACUUAGCUCCAGGGUUUCCCGCACCUCCAAAUACGGACUAUCAAGGAUAUCACACAUAUAUAGAUGAAGUUUUACCUGCAGAGAGUCCGGUUUUAUAUGGUUUGCAUCCAAACGCAGAAAUCGGCUUUAUGAGUACAACUUCCGAGAAUUUAUUUCGAACUGUAUUUGAAAUGCAACCUCGGGAAGCCGGUGCCAUUGGAGGUACAAAUGUCACAAGAGAAGACAAAGUAAAACAAAUCGUUGAUGAAACAUUAGAAAAGUUACCCGAAGAAUUCAACAUACUCGAAAUGAUGGGCAAAGUAGAAGAAAGGACACCCUAUGUGAUUGUUGCGUUUCAAGAAUGUCAACGGAUGAAUUUCCUUACUAGUGAAAUGAAGCGGUCUCUGAAAGAACUUGAACUCGGACUUAAGGGAGAAUUGACUAUUACUUCGGACAUGGAAGACUUGGAAACCGCCUUGUUUUUAGAUCAAAUUCCAUCGGUAUGGAUGAAUCGAGCUUAUCCGUCUCUCCUUGGACUCGGGGCGUGGUUUUCUGACCUUUUGUUGCGAAUUAGAGAGUUAGAAACGUGGACCACUGAUUUUGUCGUUCCCACGUCAGUCUGGCUGUCUGGUUUUUUUAAUCCGCAAUCUUUUUUGACGGCGAUCAUGCAAAGUACUGCGAGAAAACACGAAUUACCUCUCGACAAAAUGUGUCUACAAUGUGAUGUUACGAAAAAACAAAAGGAAGAAUUCAGUGGAGCUGCCAGAGAUGGAGCAUAUAUUCAUGGACUUUUUAUGGAAGGUGCCAGAUGGGAUAUAUUGCAAGGAGUUAUAAUGGAAUCGAAACUAAAAGAACUAUUUCCUGAAAUGCCCGUUAUUAAUGUUCGGGCCAUUACACAAGACAAACAAGAUUCACGGAAUGUUUAUGAAUGUCCAGUGUACAAAACGCGAACACGAGGUCCGACUUAUGUGUGGACAUUUAGUCUUAAAAGUAAAGACAAAUCAUCAAAAUGGACAUUGGCUGGCGUUGCACUUCUAUUACAAAUAUAAUUAAGUUUUAGAUUUUUUAGAUAUCUGCAAUUACAUUAGAAAUGUAAUAAUAAUACUAUAUUAUCAGUGGUGGUUAUAACUGACUUUUAAGGAGGGGGGGGGGCGGAAAUUAUAAAAAUCAUAGGACAAUAAUGAGUCGUUGGAGGGCCCAUAAUUUUUCCCCAAUAUUUUGAAAUAAUACAAAUAUUUCAAAUAGAACAA